AUGGCAAUAGGAUGUGAAGUAAGUAUAUCAUUAGGAUGUUUUGUGAUGAUAGGAGUUCCAUAUCAAACAUUCCUUAAACGUCUGAAAGUCAUUGAAGAUUCAAGCAUGUUUUCAGAUGGUAAUGGUUCUCCACCAUCAACUAUAUAUGAAGCUACAUUUUACUGA